AUGUACAGCUCUACUCUGCUCCAGCUCCUCACCGGCCUGCUCGUCGCAGGCUCGGCCAACGCAGCGGCAUUCUCUCUCCAGCCGCGCACACCAGUCGAGGAAGGUGCCUUAUGCGGUAUAUGCGUAGGACUAGCCGGCUCGUGGGUCAUGGGGAGAUUCCCCGAACAUUUCAACACCGCCUUGGAGGACGGCCUCUUGGGGAAGGCUAAGGAGGAGGCGGAGAAGUUUGCCCUUAACAUGGCCGCGAAGAAAGUCUGCGAGCACGUCCCCAAGAUCGGUGGGGCCGAGGGCACCAGAAUGUGUGUCGAUAGUGACGCCACCGAUUCGAACCCGGAGGCAAUUGACCAGCUGGACGAGACCACGCACGCGAAAAUUCUCGGAGAAAUCACCCAGGUCGGUGCUUCGCUUUCUACCGAACAGGUCUUGGGCUAG